AAUGGUGCUCGCUGUGCUCCGGGAAAGGGAUGAAGGAUGCUCGGAGGCGGCUCAGCCAAUGGGGUUGGCCGGGCUCGGUUGCCACGGCCACGGUUGUGAGGCAGAGCAGGAGAGGGUGCUGAGACUUGAAGGCUGAGGAGCUUCCCCCCCUGCAGGCUUGGCUGGCUUAGGGUGUCGGGGGCAGGCGGGGCACCGGGGCAGGAUGAGCCGCUGCAGCUGAGGGCGGUUUGUUCUCGCGGGAGCUUCAUGGCCACAGUCUGCUGAAAUGCUUCCUGAGGUGGCGGAGCUGCGGGGCUGCUGGCUUGCCUGGCGUGGGGAGGAGGGGAGCAGAGGGCAAUGCCUGGCGGCACUGAGUUUCAAGAAUGGUCUGUAAUGCCUUUGGGGGGUGAAGGGUGAGGCCAGCGGAGUUGCUCUCAUUUUAUGAGUACAGAGCCCCUAGAGCCUCCCAGCCCUUUCCCUGUGUCUGGGCUUUGCUGCUGGUGCUUGCUCAAUGUGUUACAACACACUGCUGCUCGGGGGUCAGUGUGGUUUUUCUCCCGGUGCCUAUCUGAAAUGCUGUAAGUAGGUCCCUGCAGAGGAGGAGGUGCUGUUCAGCUCUGAGAAAUGAAAUGUUUGUCUCCUGCUCACUUCUGAUCAGAGGGACAAUUUUCCUGUAAAAGCCCUGUGGCUAGACCUGGCUUAUUGGAGUGGAAAUGUUUCCUGUGAGCCUGUGUUAGGUCUGCUGCUCCCUGGGCUAUGGGAUGUGCUGGAUCCAAGGAAAGAGGCUGCUAAAGCUGCUCCAUGAAUUGUGUGAGCCAGGAAACACAACCGUGCUGCCUAGCUUGUCCUCUUGUUCCACACACUGUGUCAUGGGAGAGAAGUGAAACUGGAAGCACAGCAUGGAUCCACAUCCAGGAGUGCUACAUUCUUUAGAAAUGCCUUGCUUUUGUUGAGGCUUGUGUGGCCAGAAGUGGGUCUGAGACUUUGGCAGUUUGAAAACCACAAGGAAACUUCUCCCCCUGAAACAUACAGCAGGUCUAACUGCAUGCCGAAGCACAAAAACACGCGUUCUGGGAUAUAUAAAGCACUGGCUUCACAGUGAGGUUGGCUUUGCUGUUCGUGGCACCGGUGCCGAAGUGCUGCUGAAAAAGGCAGCUGCUGUGAACAAAAACACAGAGCUCUGCACUGCAGAGAAACGCGCCUCCUCCCUCUGCGUGCUGCAGAUUGAGGAGCCGGAGCCGCUCGAGGAGGCUUCGCGCUGGUGUUGUCACACCUUGACCAUGAACGGGUACCUGAACGAAUCCAAUUUCACGAUGGUGGAGGAGGGCUUCACCAGCAGGGACCUCCUGGAGAGCACCCUGCUGGAGCUGUGCCAGGCGGGUGACCGGCAGGCCUUCUUCGUGGCAGACCUCGGGGACAUCGUGAAGAAACACGUGCGCUUCCUGAAGGCCUUGCCCCGCGUGAAGCCCUACUUCCCCGUGAGGUGCAACAGCAGCGGAGCGGUGAUCCGGCUGCUGGCUGAGCUGGGGGCGGGCUUUGCCUGCGCCAACAAGACAGAGAUUGCAGAGGUUCAAAGCAUCGGGGUCCCAGCUGACAGGAUUUUCUACAGCAGCCCUUGCAAGCAGGUUGCCCACGUCAAAUAUGCAGCCAGCCACGGUGUGCAGCUGAUGACCUUCGACAACGAGGUGGAGCUGGGCAAGGUGGCCAGGAGCCACCCUCAAGCUAGGAUGCUUUUGGGUAUUGCUGCUGACCCCAGCCCUUCUGCCCAUCCAAGCAUGAUGUUUGGGGCCACGCUCAAGUCCUGCCGGCACCUGCUAGAGUCAGCAAAGGAGCAAGAUGUGGAGGUUGUUGGCAUCAGCUUUCACCUUGGGAGCCACAGCCUGGAGCCCCAGGUUUUUGCCCAGGCUGUCGCAGAGGCACGGCUGGCAUUUGAUGUGGGCACAGAGCUGGGCUAUCGAAUGCACCUCCUGGACAUCGGAGGGGGAUUUCCUGGCACCGAGGACACCAGAGCCCAGUUUGAAGAGAUUGCUGCUGUGAUAAACUCUGCACUGAACAUGUAUUUCCCGGAAGGCUGUGGGGUGGAGAUUGUUGCCACACCCGGGCGAUACUAUGUCACCUCAGCCUUCACCUUUGCAGCCAGCAUCACUGGCAAGGAAGAGGUUCCCAUGGAACAGCCAGGCUCUGAUGGUAAGUGGGAUUCAUGGGAUGGAUCUGCCUCUGUGCCCAUGUGCCCCCGAGCCUCUCCCUACUCCCCAGGGGAAGAGUCUGGCAGCAAGAGGAGCCUUGUCUAUCACCUCAGCGAUGGCAUCUACGGUACCUUCAGCUGUGUCCUGUUUGACAGUCCCUGCCCCAAGCCUCUGCUGCACAAGAAGCCCUGCCAAGAGCACCCCUUGUGCAGCAGCAGCCUCAGGGGUCCCCUGGGGCAUGCAGAGGACCAGAUUACCAAUGAUGCGGAGCUGCCUGAGCUGCAGGAUGGGGACUGGCUGAUUUUCCAGGACAUGGGUGCCUACACCAUCGCAACUUCAUCCCUGUGCAGUGGGUGUCCCCGGCCACACGUCACCUAUGCCAUGUCCCGCCUGGCCUGGAAGGCCCUCCAGCUCCUCCAGGGGAAGCCACCGCCAGCAGAAGAUGACCAUGAGAGCGCCUGCACUCCGCUCUCAUGUGGCUGGGAGAUGGUGGAGUCCCUCUGCGUUCCCCCGGUCUUCACCCCAGCCAGCAUCAUCUGAGCAGGGAAGGCCCACACCAGCACCCUGCACCCACAGGGCUGCAGGCAGAGCUCAGCAUAGCACAGUCCUGCUCCUCCUGCUUGUACGGUGUGCUCAGCGGGUUUGGGUGCUUUCAUAGGAGUUAUGGUAAUAAAUAGGUGUUGAGCCUG